AUGGUUGAUGUAGAUAGAGAUACGUCUAAAUCAGAUAUGUACAGAAAUUUCCUCAUUUGUAUUCAUGGUAAAAUUAUUUGCCUGAUUGCUUUUAAUGUCAGAUUUAUGGUAGAAUUUCUGUCCUUUGACUUGAGAAGUAAGAAUGGUUUACCAAAUUCAACUUCUUCAGGAUUGCAGUUUAUAGUGGGUAAAUAUGAAUCACCAGAUGCAAUAUAUGCUGAAAGAGCUGUAGAUAAUCACAAUACACCCAAAUCACCAGCCAGAAAACAACUGCCAUUACUGCCAUCUUUUAAAUUUCUAGAGGAUUUCAGCAAGAAAUUACAACACAGUUCAAAACAUUCCUUAUGUCAGCAUCCAUUUGGAUGUAUGUAUUAUAUACUUCAGGGUUUUGUGCGUAUGUUUGGUACAGGGUUUUUGUUACAAGCUGUAGUUAAACUAUUUUCAUCAAUGACUAAAAUAAUAAAACAACCCAAGCUAUUGUUCUCUAGUUUACUACAUAAAGACUGUUUUAGUUUAGGUGCCUUUCUUGGUUGUUUCAAUGGUGUUUUUAGAGGAUUAAACUGUUUAUUGAGAAGAUUAAGAAAUAAAGAUGAUAAUAAGAAUGGUUUAAUAUCAGGAUUUGUAGCUGGUUGGAUGAUGUUAUGGUACAGAAGUUCUACUCUAGCUUUAUAUACAGCAUCUAGAUUAGUAGAGACUCUAUAUUUUAAAGGAAUAGAUAAGGGAGUUUUACCCUAUAUUAAAUGGGCUGAUAUUAUAAUAUAUUCUAUUACAACUGCUGUUGCCUUUCAUGCUGCUGCCUUAGAACCUCACAACCUCCGUCCUGCCUAUUGGAAAUUUCUCAAUAAAGUAACAGAUAAUAAAUUAGAGCUUGUUAAUAGACGUCUGCUUAAAGUAUUUUCAUCUCAAGCUGCUUUCCUCUAUCCUAACUUUUGGCCUAAAUAUGAUAAAACAUUUACUGAUAUAACCGAACCUCAAUCUUGA